AUGCUCGACGACCUUGCACGGAUCCUCGCAGAGGCGGUUGACCACGCUGAGAGCUUCCCCUUGAAUCCAUUGCUGUCUUUGGAGCACCCCGAGGACGCUCAGAAGUCCACCGUCCAAGAGCUUUGGAAUGGAUCUGCGGUGCGUGAUGAGAUUCCAUGGGCCACCACCUACAAGUGGAGGUGCCAGCAGACCUUCCAGACACGGAAGUUGGACUUGGUGUGGCUCGAGGACAAGCAGGAGCAGCGGGAGUUAAUGUCCUGCUGGCCUCUGAAAGCCCAACCACUCUCCAGUCGCUGGUUUACUGCAGAACUCCAGUUCCCUGAGGCGUUGGCUGAGCUGGGCAGCUGGCUGGACCAUGGCCGCGCAGCCGUUGUGAAACCGCGACAUGCCGCCUGUGGACAGGGCCUCACAGUGCUCCAGCCGGGUGCCACGGAGCCAGAGAGGCUCCAAGCACUAGAGGACGCCUUCAAGGUGGAAUGCAAGAAAGGUGAGACCUGGCAGCUCUACCAGGUCGCCAAGGGUGUGGGUGUUGAGGAGGUGUAUCCGAGCGUCGGGGCCAGUCUCAAGGAGCCGGAUCGUCCCUUAGAGCUGAAGCUCCAGACGUCGCAGGACGUUUGGAUCACUGCCGAUGGCCACGUGCUCCGCUGCGACGCCCGGAAGGGCGGCAUCCGCCGGAAGUACGGGCCGCUUCCCGAAUGGAUUUUGGAUGGUGGCCUGGAAUCCCUACUGAAGGAGCAUUGGGAGUUCUUGGUGACAGAGACUGAAGCCAUUGCUAGGUGUUGGGGCUUGGAUGAGGUCCGAGUGGAUUGGUUUUUGGGGAUCCUUGGCUCAGAAACUGGAUGGGAGCAGCUGAUCUGA